CUGUCCCUCGGACACAGUGGAUCACUGAUCAAUGGAAAGAGCUGAAGAUGUCGGCUCGGUCAUGUUAAUAGCUGUGUCCAAUCACAACUGAUCGCAUGGGACAUAUACACUGAUCAUCAGAGCACUGAUGAUCAGUGUGCCCUGAUGAUCAAUGUAGUCCCAGCAGUGUCACCUGUCAGUGUCCAUCAAUGCCAGCUGUCAGUGCUCAUCAAUGCCACCUGCCAGUGCCCAUCAGUGCCUACCAGUGCACAUCAAUGCCACAUAUCAUUGCCCAUCUGAGCUACCUUUCAGUGCCACCUAUCAGUGCCAGUCAGUGCCACCUAUCAAUGCCAGUCAGUGCCACCUAUCAGUGCUGCCAAUCAGUGCCGCCUAUCAGUGCGUGUUAGUACCACCUAUCAGUGCCAGUCAGUGCCACCUAUCA